UAAUUCGUAACAAUAGAUUUGUACAAUAUUUGAGUGAUGUUAACGUUGUUUAGCUUACGUAGAACCUGCGUGGUGCGCUUCAAAGAAGCUUAUGCCACAUGGUCAAAAACUAAAGCCAUGAAGGAAAAAAAGAAAAAAGAAGACACUUCCGGAGCAGUAUCAGAGUUGAAUCCGUGGCCAGAAUUCAUUCAGAAGAGGAUCAAUCUUUGGGAUAAAUACAAAACUGAGUACCAGGAGCAGUUAGCUUCAAAACCAGAAUUGAGUAUUGUUGUGACAUUACCUGAUGGGAAGACGGUGGAAGCCAAAGCUUGGAGGACCACACCAUAUGACGUUGCUAAGGGUAUAAGCCAAGGCUUAGCAGACUCAACGAUCAUAGCUCGGGUGAACAAUGAGCUAUGGGACCUUGAUAGGCCGCUUGAAGGCGAUUGCAAGCUGGAACUUCUCCGCUGGGACAACACGGAAGCUCAGGCUGUCUUCUGGCACUCUUCAGCUCAUAUGCUAGGUGAAGCUAUGGAAAGGGUAUAUGGUGGAUGUCUUUGUUAUGGUCCACCGAUUGAAGAAGGAUUCUAUUAUGAUAUGUAUUAUCCUGAAAAAGGGAUUUCAUCGACAGAUUUCCACGUUCUAGAAGGAUUAGUAAAGAAGAUAACAAAAGAGAAGCAACCAUUUGAAAGGUUGGAAUUAACGAAGGAACAGUUACUGGAGAUGUUUGAUUACAAUCCGUUUAAAGUGAGAAUAUUGAAUGAGAAAGUGAACACUCCGACGACUACGGUGUACAGAUGUGGACCCUUGAUUGAUUUGUGCCGAGGACCACAUGUGAGGCAUACUGGAAAGGUUAAAGCGCUGAAGGUUACGAAGAGCUCUGCCACAUACUGGGAGGGUAAAGCGGAGGCAGAGAGUCUCCAGAGGAUAUAUGGGGUGUCCUUCCCAGAGCCCAAACAGCUCAAAGAAUGGGAGACCAUACAGGAGGAAGCGGCUAAGAGAGAUCAUAGGAAGAUUGGCAGGGAACAAGAGUUAUUUUUCUUCCACGAGCUGUCCCCUGGCUCGUGUUUCUUCCAGCCGCGCGGCGCUCACAUAUAUAACACUUUGGUUAACUUCAUACGGGACCAGUAUAGAGUGCGAGGUUUCCAAGAAGUGGUAACACCGAACAUGUACAACGCGAAGCUGUGGCAGACUUCGGGCCAUUGGGCGCAUUAUGCGGAGAAUAUGUUCUCCUUUGACGUCGAGAAAGAAACAUUCGCCCUCAAGCCUAUGAACUGUCCAGGUCAUUGUAUAAUAUUCGACAACCGUCCUCGCUCGUGGCGCGAGCUGCCGCUGCGGCUGGCGGACUUCGGCGUGCUGCACCGCAACGAGCUGAGCGGCGCGCUGUCCGGCCUCACGCGCGUGCGCCGCUUCCAGCAGGACGACGCGCACAUCUUCUGCGCGCCGCAACACAUCGAGCAGGAGAUGGUGGCGUGUCUGGAGUUCCUGGAUUGCGUGUACACGACCUUCGGGUUCACAUUCCAGUUGAAGCUUUCCACUCGCCCGGACAAGUAUUUAGGAGAUCUUGCAACUUGGGAUCAAGCAGAGAAGGCGUUAGAAGAUUCCCUAAACAAAUUCGGUAGGCCUUGGCAAUUAAACCCCGGUGACGGUGCAUUCUACGGCCCCAAGAUCGAUAUAACUAUACAAGACGCGUUGCGCCGCUCGCAUCAGUGCGCCACUAUACAACUCGACUUCCAGCUGCCGGAGCGGUUCAACCUUACCUACGUCAGUGAGAGUGGCGAGAAGAAGCGUCCCGUGAUAAUCCACCGCGCGAUCCUGGGCUCCGUGGAGCGCAUGGUGGCGAUCCUCAGCGAGUCGUACGCGGGCAAGUGGCCGCUGUGGCUCAGCCCGCGCCAGGCCUGUGUCGUGCCCGUUGGACCCUCGCUGGACCAGUACGCUACUACGGUGAAUGAGAAGUUAUUCUCUCGCGGCUUCAUGUCGGAGGUGGACACGGACGCGGGCGACACGCUCAACAAGAAGGUGCGCAACGCGCAGCUCGCGCAGUUCAACUACAUACUGGUUGUGGGUGAACGUGAGAAGAACUCCGGUACGGUGAAUGUGCGCACCAGAGACAACAAGGUGCACGGCGAGAUGACCAUAGACGCGCUCAUAGACCACCUCGACAAACAGAUCAGAGACAAGACAUUGUCCGAUGACAGCCAGCUGCUUGGUUAACCAGACAGGUUGCCAUAUACGUGACAUUUCAAUUGAUGACGUCAUUUGUCACAUCACUGUACUUAACCCCUAAAUGCAUGAUGAUGCAUUUAUACAUCUUUCCUUACACAAUAGACUAUUUUGAAAAA